CAGGUCUCGGGCCCUCAGGCGGAGCGGCGGGCGCCGGACCCCCAGGCGGAGCGACAGGUCUCGGGCCCUCAGGCAGAGCGGCGGGCGCCGGACCCCCAGAUGGAGCGACAGGUCUCGGGCCCUCAGGCGGAGCGGCGGGCGCCGGACCCCCAGGUGGAGCGACAGGUCUCGGGCCCUCAGGCGGAGCGGCGGGCGCCGGACCCCCAGGCACGACAGUGGGCAGGUCUCGGGCCCCCAGGCGGAGCGGCGGGCGCCGGACCCCCAGGCGGAGCGGGACGAGUGCGGGCAUCGAGUCGUCUGGCAAGACUGCGGGCACCGAGUCGUCUGGCAAGACUGCGGGCACCGAGUCAUCUGGCGGAACAGCGGGCACCGAGUCAACUGGCGGAACAGCGGGCAUUGGUCAACUGGCGGGACUGCGGGCAACUG